CUCGUGGAUGCAGAGAUAGAUUAGGUAGGUAGGUAGGUAGGUAGGUAGGUAGGCAGGCAGGCAAGCAGGCAUGUAGGUAGAGAAGUUGGUAGCCGUUGCCACCCUGCUGAGUUCUCCCCACUUGCUGUGCUGGAAGCCACUCUUCUAGACAAGGAUGGCGAAGCAGCUCACAGCCCCUCUGCAGCUCUGAGUCAGGGUGAAGGGAGGGCUGGGCUCUUUCCAUUUACACAAAGGGAAGUCUGGAUCGGCCCCUCAGGCAGAUUCCUGUACUACCCCGGGUGUGUCCUUAAGGGAGAUUAAAGGAAAACCUUUGUUUGCUUAAUUUUUCCAUGUGAGUCUUCUGUAAUUUCGUUGUCAUCUUGACGUGCCCCCACCCUCCACAUAUUUCCUCUCCUGAUGAGGUCACAGAGAGGUGUAUUUAAAUAAUCUGGGGAGGACAUUAUGCAGACAGACCUUGUCUAAGAGGGAGAAUGUGUUGAAAGUCUUAUGUGAUGGGACUUAAAUUUCCACUGAGAGUAAUUGAGCAAUUUGUCAGUGGGCUGUUUGGACUAGAUCAGGUGUAAAAUAGAGCUGUUAACCCAUAGAAGAUGUUGAACUGUUAAGUCACAGGUUUGUCAUAAACUUGUCCAUUGGUAAAAUGCUUGCCUGUUUCUCUGGGUUUCCUAGGGACCCAAAUACAAUAGAGACGCUCCAAUCUUGUGGGAAGGCUGUUUACUGGGCAAAGUCUGGAAAAUUCAUGCAGCAGGACAUUGACGAAGCCAAACUUUAUGUCUUCUCAACCGUAGAUGCUCCUGUCGCUCCUUCAGACAAAGGAAUGGACCACUUCUUGUACGGCCUCUCGGAUGAGAUGAAGCAGGCCCACAGGGAGCAGCUCUUCACCGUCAGCCACGACAAGCUCCUGGCCGUGAGCGAUAGGUACCUCGGCACUGGGAAGAGCACGCAUGGCCUGGCCAUACUCGGACCCGAGAACCCCAAAAUCAGCCAAGGACCCAUCCUGGAUCAUCAGAUGAGCAGCCCUGGUGCCCCCGACUGUGCAGGAGCCCCUGAGACAAUAGGCCUCUAGAGCUGAAUAUGAAAAGUCAGAAAUGCUACCUGCUUUUUCCAAGAAUAUUGUGUCAUUCUUAAGGUGUUGCCACUGACUGGCAAGUCAAUCUUGAGUGACCAGGAAGACGUUCAUUGAAAUAGUCAUGCACGAAAUGCCAAAGAUGCACCACAUAGAAUUUUCACUUUCUACUGACAGAAAGGCUUGUUUUACCUCAUUAGUUCUAGAAUAUUUAUUUAAGAAUCUAAAAAUAAAG